AUGAAGAACAACACAGAAGUGAAUGAAUUCAUCCUCCUGGGGCUAACAAAAGCACCCGACCUUCAAAUUCUUCUCUUUCUGAUGUUUGCAUUUGUCUACGCCCUCACUUUGGUUGGAAAUCUUGGAAUGAUCCUUCUGAUCUUGUUGGAUGGUCGUCUCCAUACCCCCAUGUACUUCUUUCUCAGCAACCUGUCCUUGGUAGACUUUGGUUCUUCCUCAACGGUCACUCCAAAGGUCAUGGCUGGAUUCCUCAUGGGAAACAAUGUAAUUUCCUACAAUGAAUGUGCUGUUCAGAUGUUCUUCUUCGUCUUCUUUGCCACCGUGGAUAGCUAUCUCUUAGCCUCAAUGGCAUAUGAUCGUUAUGCUGCGGUGUGUAAACCUUUACAUUAUACUACCACCCUGACGAAAGGUGUGUGUGCUUCUCUGGCCAUUGGCUCCUAUGCCUUUGGCGUUUUGAAUGCUUCUAUACAAACAGGAGACACCUUCUGCCUCCCUUUUUGUGCAUACAAUGUGAUUAACCACUUCUUCUGUGAUAUACCAGCGGUGAGGAAUCUGGCUUGCUCUUAUAAGCAAGUGAAUGAGACGAUUCUUAUUCUGAUGUCUAGCUUCCACAUCAUGUUUGCUUUUCUUGUUAUCUUGAUUUCCUACUUACUCAUAUUUAUGAACAUUUUGAAGAUGCAUUCAAGCGAGGGAUACCAGAAGGCCUUCUCCACGUGUGCUUCUCACCUCACUGCAGUUUUCACAUUUUAUGGAACUGUCACCAUAAUGUACUUAAAGCCAAGUUCCAGUCAUUCCAUGGACACUGAUAAAUUCGUCUCUGUAUUUUAUACUAUGGUCAUCCCCAUGCUGAAUCCUAUUGUCUACAGCCUGAGGAACAAAGAAGUUAAAAACGCCUUAAAGAAGGUUGUCAAAAAGGCAAAGCUAUAUGUAUGUGUAGUACAUUAA